UGUGGUCGCCGCGAAAUACAGGAGUCGGUUGUAUUUGGAUUGGUUGGAGAAGCAUGGCAUCGAAAAGCAUUUCUCCGUCUCAGGCUGAUAGAACGCUAUACGCGCAGUCUGGAUGCUGGGUUUCCUCAGUCUUUAGAAGUGAGUAGCCUACUGUAGGAGGCGAGGACUUAUGCGGCUGAAGCGCAAGUGAACAUGAACUUCAAAUCUUCGAGGUAACAGUUUAUCCAGUCAGGUGACUGUUAAGCAUUGCAUUCUGAGGGAAAAAAAAAAAAACGUUUUUCUGAAGGACUCUUCAGUCAUACCUUGAUGCACAAGGGCGGUGGUGUGGAUAUUCUUUGACCGCUUAUUUUCCAGGACUGGAAGCCGUCUUUACCUCCGAGACACGUGUUUGGACCUCUAACUGGAACACUUUUCAUUUGAUCAGACUCUAAAGUUCAGUGUUAUUCGCUCCGAGGCGCUGUCAACGGACGGACUGAACGCGACUGUUACAAGGCAUUGGGUCUGUUUGUUGCGGAGUGCGACUCUUCCUAGGAUGGGGAAAAGUGUGAAGACUGCGAAAAGUGACAUUGGAGCCAAUGGAUUCGCAUCGCAAAUGAUCUUCAUACCUGUGAUUUUGCUUAUGGUCCUGGUGAGCACAGGAGUCGCCCAAGUGGAGGACGACUACAUGGGGCUGGGGGAGCUUCCGGAGACGUUCCCGUCGGACCCGCCCGAGCCGCUGCCCCACUUCCUGUUUGAGCCCGAGGAGGCCUACAUCGUGAAGAACAAGCCGGUGAACCUGUACUGCAAGGCCACCCCGGCCACGCAGAUCUACUUCAAGUGCAACAGCGAGUGGGUCCAUCAGAAGGAGCACACCGUGGAGGAGCGUGUGGACGAGACCUCAGGUCUGGUGGUGCGCGAGGCCAGCAUAGAGAUCACGCGGCAGCAGGUGGAGGAGCUCUUUGGCCUGGAGGACUUCUGGUGCCAAUGCGUGGCCUGGAGCUCGGCAGGCACCACCAAGAGCCGCAAGGCCCACGUGCGCAUCGCCUAUCUCAGAAAGACGUUUGACCAGGAGCCUCUGGGGAAGGAAGUGUCUCUGGAACAGGAAGUGCUUCUCCAGUGCCGCCCACCUGAAGGCAUACCUGCUGCUGAGGUGGAGUGGCUAAAGAAUGAGGAAAUCAUUGACCCGGCCGACGAUCGCAACUUCUACAUCACCAUCGACCACAACCUGAUCAUCAAACAAGCCAGACUGUCAGACACGGCAAAUUACACCUGCGUGGCCAAGAACAUUGUGGCCAAAAGGCGAAGCACCACGGCUACAGUCAUAGUCUACGUGAACGGUGGUUGGUCGACGUGGACAGAGUGGUCGGUGUGUAACACCCGCUGUGGGCGGGGAUACCAGAAACGGACGCGCAGCUGCACCAAUCCAGCGCCGCUGAACGGCGGGGCCAUCUGUGAAGGUCAGGCCAUCCAGAAGCUGGCCUGCAACCCGCUGUGUCCAGUGGACGGUCUGUGGACGGAGUGGAGUAAGUGGUCUACGUGCGGGACGGAGUGCACCCACUGGCGGAGGCGUGAGUGUAAUGCCCCCGCGGCCAAGAAUGGGGGCAAGGACUGCGAUGGCACCCUGCUCCAGUCCAAGAACUGCACAGAUGGCCUGUGUAUGCAGAGUUCUUUAUAUCAGAAGUCCUCAGAGCCUAAAGAAAGGACUGAUGUUGGAUAUCCAUCAGCCCCCAGUACAGACGACGUGGCACUUUACGUGGGCAUCGUCAUCGCCGUCAUCAUGUGCCUGGUCAUCUCUGUCAUCGUGGCACUGUUCGUCUACCGGAAGAACCAUCGCGACUUCCACUCCGACAUCAUGGACUCGUCCGCCCUCAAUGGCGGCUUCCAGCCUGUCAGCAUCAAGACGGCUCGCACAGCUGAUCUCCUCACUGUUCCCCCUGACCUGACGUCUGCGGCGGCCAUGUACCGCGGCCCCGUCUACGCGCUCCAGGAUGUGGCCGACAAGAUCCCCAUGACUAACUCCCCCCUCCUCGACCCGCUGCCCAACCUCAAGAUCAAGGUGUACAACUCCUCCGGCCUGGUCACUCCCCAGGAGGAGCUGUCUGACUUCUCCAGUAAGCUGUCUCCCAAGAUGCAGCACUCUCUGCUGGACGGGGACACCAUGAGCCGCCGCACCCAGAGCCUGGUGCGCUCCAGGGACCCGUCCUGCACCGCAUUCGGAUCCUUCAACGCCCUGGGCGGGCAUCUCAUCGUGCCCAACUCAGGCGUAAGCUUACUGGUGCCGGCAGGAGCUAUUCCGCAGGGCCGCGUGUACGAGAUGUUUGUGACAGUGCACAGGAAGGACAGCAUGAGGCCGGGAGUGGACGACUCCCAGACGGUGCUGAGUCCGGUGGUGAGCUGUGGCCCCGCAGGUGCCCUUCUGACGCGGCCCGUCAUCAUCACCAUGCACCACUGCGUCAAGACUGACCAGGACGAUUGGCUCAUCCAGCUCCGCAACCAAUCACAGCAGGGACACUGGGAGGACGUGGUGGUGGUGGGUGAGGAGAACUUCACCACCCCGUGUUACAUCCAGAUGGACGAGGAGGCCUGCCACAUCCUGACAGAGACGCUGGGCACGUACUGCCUGGUGGGUCAGUCCAUCAGCUCGGCCACCACCAGGAGGCUGAAGCUGGCCAUCUUUGGCCCCGUCACAUGCACCGGUCUGGAGUACAACAUCCGGGUCUACUGCCUGGACGACACUCAGGACGCCCUGAAGGAGGUGCUGCAGAUGGAGAAACAGAUGGGCGGAAAGCUGCUGGACGAACCAAAGACGCUCAACUUCAAGGACAGCACCCACAACCUGCGCUUGUCGCUCCACGACGUCCCGCAUACACAGUGGAAGAGCAAGCUUCUGGCCAAGUACCAGGAGCUGCCGUUCCAGCAGGUGUGGGGGGGCUCCCAGAGGAACCUGCACUGCACCUUCACCCUGGAGCGCCUCAGCUCCUGCACCCUGGACCUGGCCUGCAAGCUGUGUGUGCGCCAGGUGGAGGGCGAGGGACAGAUCUUCCAGCUCAACACCACACUUGCUGAGGACACGCAGUGCAUCGACACCUCUCUGCUGGACCCGGCCAGCAACAUCACCGUGCUGGUGGGGCCCAACGCCUUCCGCAUCCCCCUCUCCAUCCGCCAGAAGCUCUGCGGCAGCCUGGACGCGCCCCAGACCCGCGGCAACGACUGGAGGAUGCUGGCGCACAAGCUCAACCUGGACAGGUACCUGAACUACUUUGCCACCAAGUCCAGUCCGACGGGGGUGAUCCUGGACCUGUGGGAGGCACAGCACUUCCCCGACGGCAACCUGAACCGCCUGGCCGCAGUGCUGGAGGAGAUGGGUCGCCACGAGAACCUUGUGCCCAUGGGAACGGACCACUGACCCCUGUCCUCCGAGAGGGUCCUCCGAGCAUAGAAUGGUUCCAUUGCAGGGAAGUCAGACGGCUGAGAGGAAGACAGAGGAGCGUCCAGCCUUUUCUUACACACACACACACACACACGCACACACACACGCACACGCACACACACACACACACACACACACACUCAAACUGCAACAGAAUCCUGAGCAAGCAGUAACGAGACUCCCUUCCUGAAAAUGUUGAGAUAAAACUGGAGACAAAAUUGUGCAGGAUAGAAAUCUCAUCGCAGGAGAAAAGAUUGCUUUGAUCCAUUCAUAUGUAAAACAAAUGGACUUGAAUAGUAGAAAAAAAAAUGAAAUGAGAGAGGAGAAAGUAAAGACUUAACUAAAAGAAAAAAAGCCCUGUCUGUACAAUUCCUGGUACAGUUUUCUAUUUCCCAAUACAGUUUCCUAGGAAACGCAUGUCUCUGCUGUCCAUUUAUUGGACAUCCUACUCCACCUUUACAGGAAGAGUAGGCAAAUGAUUGACAGGCAAAGGACGGGGCGGGGCUUCAAGAAGGGGGGCAGAAUCAGGGAUGGUUGCACACACUAGAGCCGGCGGCGGAAAGUGGUACAGGAAAAGAAGCGGGCACUACAAGGGGCACCCAAAUGCCAGCUCGUACCGUCUCCUUAUGCCACAUGCCUGAUGCAGUGCUUAUGGUUUCUCCUCCCUUACGUCACAUUUAUGUUGGAAUAACCUGAAGUACGCAACUCCUGAUUUUAUAUGAAUAUAUAUAUUUAAUAUUGCCUUUGUUUAUACACAUGUAUCUCUCCGAUGGUUUGAUUUUCAUGCGGCCUCAUAUAUUGGCCUGAUUUACGCAUCUCUUCUUCGUUGUUUUCUUUCUUGGCUGUUUGUGUAGUGUUUUUUAAGAUCAUUAUUGUUUGGAGAUAUUUUUCAUUGCUUCAUAGUGCCACCUAGUGGAUGUCCUCAGCAACAGCAGGGCUCUGCCACCUUGUACUGUAGGCAAAAAAUUGGAGUGUGCAGCCUGUAAAUAAGCCAGUACAUCAUAAAUUGUACAGCGGUGUUAUAAUUAUGAUCAUUAUUUUCUCGUGUUUUGGUUUCAUGGUGAUCAGUAAUUAGCUGCAAUUUAGGGACAGAAGUAACUACCAAAACCUGGACUUUGAAAAUGUGUUUGUCCUGUCUGAGUCGCAGAAAACAGCAGAAACGGUCGAUUUUCUUGGUCACCAUUGAAAUGGAGGUGACACAAAAGGCUUGAUUUCUGUGCUGUUCCGUGAGUUCAACACGACCAGUUCUUUGCAGCCACUUUUGACACUGUUUCAACACCGUCCAUGUUUGUUUGUCUGUGUUGAUAAGAAUCAUAUCAUAAUGAUGAUAAUAUCAACUGUAUUUGAUUGUAAUUCAGUGAUAAUUUCUCUGUUGCUAUUGUUGAUGCUGUGGACCAACUGGACAUCUAAGUUCAAACACAUUCACAAGAUGGAUGGUUGAAGUGUGUAUAGAGAUUUGGGAACGGUUUUGAGCUGUAGCUGAGCAACGGUUUAUAAACCUGCUUUGUUGGAUUUGUGGAGAUGUUAGUAGGAUGGACCUUGGACCCUUCCUCCUCCUCUUAGAGAACUGUCAGAACCAAUAGAGAGAGAGAACUAGGACCUUAAGAGUGUAAAAGUCAGCAAAGAGAGACUGAUAAUAGAAUGCAGUGGGUGAUUGAAAGUUUCAGCCUUUUGACAGGAUGAAACAACAGUUUGUUACUCGAGGGGCGAAAAGUCUUUUGUGUUUUUCUUUUGGUUUAUCUUUUCUCUUGUACAAGUUUCUUAAAGCUGUCUAUGCAAACUUGGCAUCAUUUAUAUUCCGAAACGUACGUACAUGCAUCAAAGUGCUAGCGGUUGCAUUCCAUAGCUGUCACAGCGCUGAUUCUGAACAUUGUAUUUAUGGUGGGGAUGUUACCUAUUCUUUUAUGGCACGCUCAUGAUGUUCUUUGCAACAGCUUGCAUUUUUUUCCCUCUCUGUGAAGUUUCUGUACAAAAUGUAAGAAAGAAUUUUUAAACCAGUAAUAAAUUAUAUUUAUAUGCAA